UUCAUACACCUACACUUUCCUGCCUAUUAUAAUCACCUCAUUUUCUCAUACUAUCUCUCCCCAUAUCUUCUCUUCCACUCAAACACACACAGAGAUUCAAGAUUCAAUCAUGGCAGACCAAACAAAAACCUCCAAUAUUGAUCCCUACAAAUUCCUCAACAUCAGUCCCAAUCCAGAUGGCUCACUCACUCGACUCACCCCAUUCUCCCCCGCAUCCACAAAUCCAGAACCAAGCAAAGACCCCUCAACCCAACUACUCGCUCUCUCCAAGGACAUCCCUCUUAACCCCAAAACCAAAACUUUUCUCAGGCUCUUCCUCCCACACCCUGUCCCUCAAAACCAAAACCAAAAGCUUCCUGUCAUUAUAUACUUCCAUGGCGGAGGCUUUGUUCUCUUCAGCGCAGCUUCACAGCCUUUCCAUGAUUCAUGUUCCAACAUGGCAGCUCAAUUCCCAGCUCUUAUCGUCUCCGUCGAGUACCGUCUCGCUCCUGAACAUCGUCUUCCAGCUGCUUACGAUGAUGCCAUGGACGCCAUCAUGUGGAUCCGGAACCAAGCCAAGAAGGAUGAAGAUGAUAUCAAUGGCUGUGAUGCAUGGUUGAGACGGUACGCAGACUUUUCACGUUGCUUUCUAAUGGGCAGUAGUGCUGGAGGAAAUAUCGUGUACCAUGCAGGUCUACGCGCUCUUGAUGUUGAUAUCAAACCUGUGGAGAUCAAAGGGUUGAUAUUGAAUCAACCGUACUUUGGUGGGGUCCAGAGGACAGGAUCAGAGAUCAGGUUGAUCAACGAUCGGAUCUUGCCCUUGACUGCUAAUGACUUAAUGUGGGCCCUUGCAUUGCCAAAGGAUGCGGAUCGUGAUCAUGAGUACUGUAAUCCGACGGUGGGCGGGUCCCAUGAUGCGAAGAUCGGACGGCUACCAAGGUGUUUGGUAAGGGGUUAUGGUGGGGACCCAUUACAGGAUAGGCAGAAGGAGCUUGUGAAGAUUUUGGAGGCACGUGGGGUGCACGUGGUGGCUGAGUUUGAUGAAGAAGGCUUUCAUGCUGUGGAGCUGUUUGACCCGACGAAGGCCCAAGCUUUGUUCAAAGGCAUUAGGGAUUUUAUUAGAGGGUGUGAAUGUGUUGUUGGUGAGACCAAAUCUACUUUGUGAGAUUCUGUUUUACAUAUUUUGUUUCUUACUUUUGGUCAAUUGUUAAAGGAAGGUAAUAAAGCCUUGCGAGGCGCAGUUGGCCCCUACUGGCUUUAUAAUUGA